AGAGAUUCAUCCCCCGGCACUGCAUUUUUUCCGGCUAUCUGCUCUGUUUUCCUCCAUUUCUUCCCCGACUAUGUGGUCUGAACAUGCUGAUGGAAUGUUGCGUUUUCCUGAGGUUAAUGCUUGUCUGGUUCGUUGGACAUCUCAAGUUCAGCUUAUUGAGGCAUCGCACGUGAAGACAACUUGUGGCAGUGAGCUAACAAAGAAGUUCCGAUACUUUGUUUUUUCUGAUUUCCAGGGUGUUAAGGUGACUGCACUUACGAUUGAUGAGAAUAUUGAUCGUGUUAGUGAUGUACUUGUGCCAUUUAAGAAGUAUCGCGUUUCAAAAGCCCGUGUUUAUGAGAUACCUGACUCUUCUUUGAGUGUUGGUUCUUAUCGCUUUUAUUGGGUUUUAACUAAUGACACUGUAAUUGAUGAAUUAAUCGAAAUUGACCCUCCAAAACUCCCAUGCUAUUUUCGCCUACGCUCUAUUGCUUCGUGUGACGCUGUUGCCGACACAGAAAACUUCAUAGAUAUCAUGGGAAUUGUUUUGUGUGCCUUUCCUGCUAGAGCGGUAUAUUUUGAAGGAGGCCCAUCUGUCGCACGUGACUAUGUUAUUGUUAACUAUGAGACAUAGGAACUGCAUGGAUAAGAGACACGGUUUCUCUUGAGUAUAGAAAGGGUAGACUAUGGUAUCUAGCCUGUCCACAUUGCUAUCUUCCUAAUGAUUUUUCUUUGAACUGGGGUAUCAUGUGCCGCUAUUGCAGCCGAGACAUUUAUACUUUCCCUAGGGCUUGUGUGACUCUUGCUAUCAAGGAUGGCACUGGUUCACUGAAUGUAAUAGCCAUGGGAGAUGAGGCCGAGAAGUUAAUAGGUAUCAAUUCUCACCGUUUAUAUCAGGCUGAUAAGGAGGAUGUGCAUCUUACUGAUCGUGUGGCGAGUGCACUUAACGGAAGAGUAAUGUUGUUUUAUCUUAAGCAUUCGGACCAUGCUUUUAGGGUUACAAAGGGUGCUCGCUAUACAAUCGUCGCUUCCUAUGACGUGAAUGAUGCUGAAGCACAAGCUGCCUAAUUCUUUUUAGCUUUUAGUGUAAACUUCUCUUGUUUGUUUUUUUUGGAUGUAUAGCUUAUAUCUUAUGCUAUAUCGAGCUCUCUUUGGCUGUUACAGUUAGGCCAAGUCAUGGUGGAUUUGUUGUGUCGUUGGUUGUUUGUUUUGUUGGUGGUUAGGCAUUCUGCACAUUUGGAUCUUAGCCCAUGCUAUUUUCUCA